CAGUGCUGCACACCCGCAGAGAAUCAAAAAGUAAAAAAUUGCAGUCACAAGUGAAGUUAUUAAAAGCGCUCAUCUAUCAGAGCAGAGCAAGAGGCCUCAUUUACCACCUACACAUAGCAACGUGGAGCGAGCACAUUGCCAGCAGGGCACACUCGAAUUUAUUCUUCUGCACAACCUCCUCCCACGCCGCCGCCUCUCCGACACAGCCAAGGACUUGGGGCUCCAAGAAGCAGAACCGCAGCGUGAAACUACGAGCGAAGGCAGAAGAUUUCAUCAUGUCGAAUCCAGAGAUUGAAGCCCAACUGGCACCGCUUCGUGAGCGGGUGCAGGAGCAGGGAAAUCUGGUGAGAUCGCUCAAAGAGACCGGUGCAGCCGAACUCGACGUCAAGAAGGCAGUGGCGGAGCUGAAGGCAAGGAAGAAGAUGCUAGAGGAUAAGGAGUUGGCCCUGACUCCCAGCGUGGUUAGCUUCGACCGCGCCAAGAUGGAGGAUCUACUGAAGCGUCGCUUCUUCUACGACCAGAGCUUUGCCAUCUACGGCGGCAUCACCGGCCAGUACGACUUCGGACCCAUGGGCUGUGCCCUCAAGUCAAAUAUUCUAUCGCUGUGGCGUCAGUACUUUGCUCUGGAGGAGCAGAUGCUUGAGGUUGACUGCUCAAUACUCACGCCUGAGCCGGUUCUGAAAGCCUCUGGGCAUGUGGAGCGCUUUGCGGAUCUGAUGGUGAAGGACGUUAAAACCGGAGAAUGCUUCCGGCUGGAUCAUCUCAUCAAGCAGGCCCUGGAGAAGCUUUUGAAAGCCAAGGAUGCCACCCCCGCUUUGCAAGCAGAGUGCGAGGACAUCAUCAUCAAGCUGGAUGGUCUUAGCAAACAGGAGCUGGCCGAUGUCCUGGCCAAGUACAGCAUUAAGUCGCCACUCACUGGCAACGACCUGACCGAGCCCAUCGAGUUCAACCUUAUGUUUGCCACACAGAUCGGACCAACGGGCCUUGUUAAGGGCUUCCUACGCCCCGAGACUGCCCAGGGAAUUUUUGUGAACUUCAAGCGCCUGCUAGAAUUCAACCAGGGAAAGCUGCCUUUCGCAGUGGCCCAGAUCGGCAACUCCUUCCGCAACGAAAUUUCCCCCAGGUCGGGUCUGAUACGUGUGCGCGAAUUUACCAUGGCGGAAAUCGAGCAUUUCUGUGAUCCCACGCAGAAAGACCAUCCCAAGUUCGGCAACGUAAAGGACGAAAAGAUGACUUUGUACUCCGCCUGUAACCAGAUGGACGGCAAGUCAGCCACCCAGUUUGCCAUUGGCGCGGCAGUCUCCGCCAAGCUGGUGGCCAACGAGACUUUGGGCUACUACAUGGCUCGCAUCCAACAGUUCCUGCUGGCUAUUGGCAUCAAGCCGGAGUGCCUGCGCUUCCGGCAGCAUAUGAGCAACGAGAUGGCACAUUACGCCUGCGACUGCUGGGACGCGGAGAUCCUAACCUCAUACGGAUGGGUGGAGUGUGUGGGCUGUGCGGACAGAAGUGCCUACGAUCUGGGCCAGCAUACAGCUGCCACCGGUGUCCGGCUGGUGGCCGAGAAGCGUCUGCCCGCGCCCAAGACGGUGAAGGUCAGUGAGAUCGUGCCCAACAAGCAAGCGCUGGGCAAGACCUUUAAGAAGGAUGCUAAAACCAUAACAGAGGCCCUGGCCAAGCUGUCCCUCGAGGAGAUCAGCAGGGCGGAGCAAGAGCUCAACGCGAACGGACAGUGCAAGCUUAUCCUGGCCGAUGGAAACACUCACGAGCUAGCUAAGGACACCAUCAGCGUAAAGCAUUCGUCAAAGACGGUCCACGUGGAGGAAUUCAUACCGAGUGUGGUAGAGCCGUCCUUCGGUAUCGGUCGGAUUAUGUACGCCCUUUUGGAACACAGUUUCCAGUGCCGCGAAGGCGAUGAGCAGCGCUGCUACUUCACCCUGCCGCCGUUGGUGGCUCCUCUCAAGUGCUCAAUCCUGCCCCUCUCUAAUAAUGCCGAGUUUCAGCCCUUCACACAAAAGCUCUCCUCGUUCCUAACCAAGGCCGAGCUGUCGCAUAAGGUGGACGACUCAAGCGGCUCGAUCGGUCGGCGAUAUGCCCGCACAGACGAGAUUGCUAUACCCUACGGCAUCACAGUGGACUUUGACACGCUGAAGGAACCUCACACGGUCACUCUGCGGGACCGCAACAGCAUGAAGCAGGUUCGCGUGGGUCUGGAGAAGGUUGUUGGUGUGGUCAAGGACCUGGCCACGGCACGUACCAGCUGGGAGCAGGUGGUGGCGCAGUACCCUGUCUUCGAGCAGCAGGAGGCCACCAAGUAAUUCGGGGUCGCGAGAUUUCAAUGCUUGACAUGCAUUUAACUUUACAGAAUAAUCCAAUUUAUAAUAAUUUUAUAUGCCAACCAGCCUCUGAAGCAGCCCUACCAACAAUAAAAUGCUUUGCACGCUA